CACCGCUGCCGUCGCUCCCCGGGCCAGAUUCCGCGCGCGGAGUGGACCUGAAGAGUCCAUCCAUGUCCCUCCAUAUGUGGUCCUCCAUUCUGUCCAGUGCCCUUGAGGCGCUCAGCUGCUGGGGUCUACAGGAAGCAGAGCACCAUGAAUGACCGAAACAGCCGGAGGCGGACAAUGAAGAAGGACGAUGAGGCCUUCGAGAUCUCCAUCCCCUUCGAUGAGGCGCCCCACCUAGACUCACAGAUCUUUUACAGUCUGAGCCCCUCUCAGGGAAACUUCGAGGAGCUUCCGGAGGCUGCGUCCCCCACCCUGGCCCUGAUGAACAGUGUCAAGGCCCAGCUACACAUGGCCCUGGAGAGGAACUCAUGGUUGCAGAAGCGCAUUGAGGACCUGGAGGAAGAGAGGGACUUCUUGAGGUGUCAGCUGGACAAGUUCAUCUCCUCUGCCCGGAUGGAUGCAGAGGACCACUGCCGGAUGAAGCCUGGGCCCCGGCGGAUUGAGGGGGACAGCCGGGGUGGGGUUGGGGGCGAGGCUUCAGACCCUGAGUCGGCAGCUUCCUCACUUAGUGGAGUGUCUGAAGAAGGCAGCGCCAACGAGAGAAAGAGGCAGAAGCAGAAGGGAGGUGCCAGUCGGAGGCGUUUUGGGAAGCCCAAGACCCGGGAGAGGCAGCGGGUAAAGGAUGCAGACGGGGUCCUCUGCCGCUACAAGAAGAUCCUGGGCACCUUCCAGAAGCUGAAGAGCAUGUCUCGGGCCUUUGAACACCACCGCGUGGACCGGAACACAGUGGCUCUGACCACGCCCAUUGCGGAACUGCUCAUCGUAGCCCCUGAGAAGCUCGCCGAGGUGGGAGAGUUCGACCCCUCCAAGGAGCGCCUGCUCGAGUACUCUCGCCGUUGCUUCCUGGCUCUGGACGAGGAGACGCUCAAGAAGGUGCAGGCCCUCAAGAAGAGCAAGCUGCUGCUCCCCAUCACCUACCGUUUCAAGCGAUGAUCCCGCCCCUUCCUCCCUCCUCCACCCUGCCCAGCUCCGGGGCCUGUGUGCAUGAGUGGGGUGCUCCUCCCAGGCUUCCCCACAGGGUGGGCAGUGUCUCUGUGUGUGUCCCCCUCCUCCUGCAGAUCCCCGUUCCCACCCUGAGUUCCCUUGUGUAUAGAUCUGUCCCCUUUUACCCCUCACAGUCUUAUCUAGCAUCCUUCUCUUCCUCAUUCCUUGGGUUGUGGGGGGUGGGAUGGGGGUGUCUAACUUAUCCGGGCUACCAAGAACUACUGCCCAGAGGCCGGUUGCUUCCCUUUCCGAAACACCUGCGUCUCUGCUUCCACUUAGGCUGCAGCCGCCCUACCCUCACCUGGCCUCUUCCUCCUGGGAAAACCACGAGGCCCUCUCUCUCUGGGGCCUGGGAGGGGAGUACUGUAUAUACCCCAUCUCCACCCCCAACUCCGAGGAGACGCUGGCCCGCCCUACUUCCCCGGCCAGGAGCUGUCCACCCACAUUCUGGGAACUCCCCCAUUCCACGUGAGACAGAAAAUUAUUCAAAUAAUUUAAAUUAAAAAAGGUGAAAAUUUGGAAUAAA